AGCGGAAGUUCUUUCCUUUCUUGUUCCCGCAGCGGAUAGAGACACAGAGACGAUGGCUCCUCGUAAAGGAAAGGAGAAGAAGGAGGAGCAGGUUAUCAGUUUGGGUCCUCAGGUCGCUGAAGGAGAAAAUGUUUUUGGUGUUUGUCACAUUUUCGCCUCUUUCAACGACACUUUCGUCCACGUCACCGAUCUGUCCGGAAAGGAGACGAUCUGCCGUGUGACCGGCGGGAUGAAAGUGAAGGCCGACAGAGACGAGUCGUCUCCGUACGCCGCCAUGUUGGCCGCGCAGGACGUCGCUCAGCGCUGCAAAGAGCUCGGCAUCACGGCGCUGCACAUCAAGCUGAGAGCUACCGGAGGCAACAGGACUAAGACUCCCGGUCCCGGCGCUCAGUCUGCUCUCAGAGCUUUGGCUCGUUCAGGCAUGAAGAUCGGACGCAUCGAGGACGUGACUCCGAUCCCGUCAGACUCCACCAGGAGGAAGGGCGGCCGACGCGGUCGCCGUCUGUAAACAGGAAGUCUUUCUGAUAAUAAAACGUCAAACAUC